CAUAUACCUAAACCCCUUGUAAUCAUUUUACACGUACGCGCACCAAAAGCCCUAUAAAAGUCUCUAAACUCUUCUACAUCGCUUUUCCUUUGUCCCCUCACUCUUCAACAAGCUUUAAAGAAACACUUCCAUUGAACCUCAACCAAAGCUCCUUUUUCUUUAAUUUGCUUCUUCAUAUUUCUCAGUGCAAACUUUUCAUAAUUUUUCUCUUUAUUCCUCAUCUAGUCUCUUUUCCCCAGUCAACACUUUCCUACUGGUUUCAUCUGAUUCCUCUCCCAGUUUACACCCGAAAGAGUAGCGAACACGAAUAAGGGGAGAAAAGAAAAGAAAUCAUCUUUAUUCCCUUAUUCCCUGCUAUUCAUACAAAUACAUAUAGUUCCCUGAAACACUUUUUAGGGGUUAAAUAUGGGGUUCUCUGAGAAGCCACAAGUGGAAGAGUCAGAUAGUAGAAAAUGGGUCAUUGCUGGAAUCGCUUUACGAGCUCCAUUGAAGCCAAUAUAUACCACUCCGGUGGAGAAAGGAGAACAAGAAGAAGGUGACAUGGAAGAGUGUUCAACGACGCCAAAAGGGGAAGAAGCAAGGAUUCAGACCUCGUUGAAGUGCCCGCCAGCUCCUAGGAAGCGAAAACCUUCUUUGAAAUGCAACUAUCGUGGUGGAGCUAGAGAGUUCUUCACUCCACCGGACUUAGAAACUGUGUUUAUACGCCAUGUUGAAAGGGCUAAUUGAUCGUUGAGGUGGGAAAUUAAUAACCAUCCAUCACCACCCUUAGCUAGUUAAUUAAUUCGAGCUAGCUAGCUAGCACUUAGUUCUGUUGUGUAAUGUGUAACUUUUUUAAUUUUUAUUUUCAAGUUCAAGUCGUUUUUAUUCUCAGUUAAUCUAGCUAGGAGCUUAAUUCAGGAGUUUAGAGAUUAGGGUAUUUGUAUA